GAGAGGAAUCUGUAGUGCUUUCUAGAUCUGCACACACUCUGAUUUAAUACUUCAACAUCAUUCCAGUUAGUGGAUCUACAGAGUUUCAACAUGGUUUCAGCUCUGUGUGUUACUCUGACCAUUCUCCUGCAACUCAUCCUCUGCUCCACAGCAGACCCCAAAGUGAAACUCAGUCCAGCGAAGCCACUGUUUCGAGUGGGAGACAGACGGGAGCUCACAUGUCGAAUAAGCCAGUGCUCUGAGCAGGCGGUAUUCUCCUGGAGAAAUCUGGAGGACAAACCCUUGUAUGCUGAAACUCAAAUGUCCUCGGCUGAAUCGAUUUUGGUCUUCAAGAGUGUUAAUAAAAAUCAUGAAAAUAUGAUCCUGUGCAAGACCACCUGCCAGGGCAAAUCAUUGCAGGCAACGACAAAAGUCCGAGUAUACUCUUUUCCAAAAGAUCCAGUCAUCUCUGGACAUCAGAGCUUGGUGUUAGGGAAGGAGAACACCCUGAGCUGUGAGCUUUCAGACGUUUAUCCAGCAGGACACAUCACGGUGGAAUGGCUGAGGGGACAUAAAGUGGUCCACACACAGAAGAUAGAAGAACAUGACAUUGAAUUAAUUCAGUCCAACUACACUUUUACACCACAAACCAACAACACGAAUGAGUCAAUAACAUGUCGAACCAUACUCACGCUUGAGGGCUUGCCACAGGAGGAGAGAACCAGAGAGACCACUGUGCCCGUAACUGUUCAAUCCUUUCCCUCAGAUCCUAUCAUUAAAAGUUCUGGACCUUUCCUGGAAGGCAAAGUGACCAAUCUGACCUGUACAGUUCGUGACGUCUUCCCAGCCGACUGUUUUCAAAUGUACUUGAUAGAUGGAGAGACCGUACUGCACUCAGUGCGUGGGAAUUUCUCAGACAAACUGCAGAACCUUACCCUGACUAUCCCUGUCAAACCUAAAGACAGUGACCAAAAUAAGACGUUUACCUGCAAGGUAUCACUGGAGAUGGAGGGUGUAUCAUCACAGAAGACAGCAUCUACUACAUUGGCAUUGAAUUAUUCACCCAAACAUACCACCAUUGAUGUGAAACCCCAGAAGAAACUGAAUGAAGGGGAAACUGUGACCAUCUCCUGCCAGACCGACAGUGCUCCAGAGGGACAAGUGACUUUAAAAAGGGUGCAGAAUGGAGAAGAUACUAAAUUGGUUUCCAGUAAUGGGACCCAAAUCUCUUUUAGAAUCCCAUUUAUUAAUGUGUCACACACUGGCAUCUACGUGUGUGAGGCUGCUAACAAAUAUGGCCAUCAGGAGGACAAUGUCCAAAUUACUGUGCAAGCACCUCCAAGGAAUAUGACUGUGAUGGUAUACCCAUCAAACGAGGUGCAAGAGGGUGAAAACAUCACAAUCUGCUGCCAAUUGAUAAGCAUCCCACAAGCUAGCAUCACCUUAAUGAAACAGGACAAUGGAAACGAGAUCUACUCUUCUAAUGGUAUUUUCCUGCUGGUCAACCUCACUUCCAAUGACUCAGGCCUGUAUCAGGUCAAUGCUACGAAUGCUCUUGGUUCUCAGAUUGAGAUUUUCACAAUUAAUGUAAGCAGUAAGGAUAAAGAUGAUGAGAACACAUACUCACCCCAUUUAUCAAGAUUUAAUUACAUUGACUUUAUAAUUCCAGUCAUUGGUCUCGGAAUUCUGGCUAUAGUAGUCACCUCCCUGGUCUGUAUAAAAAUAGCAAAAAAGAAGGAUGCGUAUGAGCUGACUGAGGGCAUACCAGAAAUUGUGUAGACUGCAUGGACAAAAACUUAAAAUGAGUUUCAUUCAGGUCCGGCGCCAGGAACAGUUUACUAAGGGGGCAAUUAGAAAUUGCAAGGGGGCAAAUAUUUUUCAUAUAGUGUGUAGUAGUGAUGGCGGUCUGACAACAUGUUUCAAACAAUUAACUGCGCCAACCACAAAACCACGGCCCCGAAGGUUGCUUUAGUACUGGAAAAUCAUGACAUAUUACCAGGGCAGUUGUGCUUUAUCAACUCCCGUGCCCACCUGUUAACCCUCCCCUCCAAUUUUCUCACAGACACGCGUUACAACCGGAAAGAUGCCAAACAUAAAACAACACACACAAACCUACAGGCAAGUUCUUUAAAUUUAAAAUACAUACAAAUAGCUCCACGGCAUGAAAACAAAACAUCAAUGCAAGUCUAAGAUACUUGGCUCGGCGGCCAAAAUCAUAAUUUAAAAAAAUCAACAGACCCCGCGGCUGCACCAGUAAUAGCCUUCCUGACUCGCACCGAGUCAACGCUAACCACUUAAUCCGCGAUCCCAGUUUAGGCGUGUAGGGGACAAAACACUCUGAAGUGAUGAAUUUUCACCCCCGCUGCAUGGGGGUGACGUCAACGACACACAUUCUUACGCUAUUUGCGCACAAAGCGGACCAUAUAUGAACACAUACACCAACAUAAACGGAGAUAAACUUAGCCUACAAAGAAAGAAAAUGGAUUCACAAUAUUGUGAUUGAAUUCGUUUAAUUCGGUGGGGGAAAGACUACUCCCGUAAACUUGACUGCAUAUUACAGGAUAUUGCAGAGACAGUGCACUUGUAAGUGUCAUAACAACCAAUCAGAUUUGUUCUACCGUGCCAGUUUUAGUAGUGAUUUAUGUGAAAUGUAUUUUUGUGCAAUGCGCAACCACUUAAUAUUUCGUAUUUGAAAAUGCAAAUUAUUAAUACGUCUAUAAUACAUUAUAUUUUCAUAAGAAAACAAUUAAGUGAUCUGAGUCUCCGUUGAGGGGGCGGGGCUGUAGCCACGAGGGGGCGAUGCCCCCUUUCGCCCCCCCACGGCGCCGGGUCCGGUUUCAUUCACUGAACAGAAGCAGAGUCUACUGAACCUAAUCAGACUCCCAUUCUGCAGAACUAAAUUACAUAGUCCAUCCAUUAUCCAUAACUGCUUAUCCUGUGCAGGGUCAGGAGCAAGCUGGAGCCUAUCCCAGCUGACUAUGGGCAAGAGGCGGGUACACACUGAACAAGUCACCAGAUCAUUACAGGGCUGACACAUAGUCAUUCACACCCACAGUCAAUUUAGAGCCACCAGUUAAAGUGUAUCCCAUCUCAUCUCAUUAUCUCUAGCCGCUUUAUCCUGUUCUACAGGGUCACAGGCAAGCUGGAGCCUAUCCCAGCUGACUAUGGGCGAAAGGCGGAGUACACCCUGGACAAGUCGCCAGGUCAUCACAGGGCCGACACAUAGACACAGACAACCAUUCACACUCACAUUCACACCUACGGUCAAUUUAGAGUCACCAGUUAACCUAACCUGCAUGUCUUUGGACUGUGGGGGAAACCGGAGCACCCGGAGGAAACCCACGCAGACACGGGGAGAACAUGCAAACUCCGCACAGAAAGGCCCUCGUCGGCCACGAGGCUCGAACCCAGACCUUCUUGCUGUGAGGCGACAGCGCUAACCACUACACCACCGUGCCGCCCUAUGUUAUCAUGUAAUUAUUAAAAUGGUUAACAGAUGUAUUGUAGGAGGGUGUAGCAACACCAAUCUUGAUGGGAUUAGUACUCAUCGUUUUCCAAAAGACCAGACAAUGAGAGAGAAAUAGGAGCGCUUGGUCUACACAGGCUGUGCACUGAAACCGUGCAAAGCUCACGCAGCCUGCUCGUGAAUCUGGCUCCAGACUCCCUUGGGAUUUUUCCAGACACGCUUUAUUUUAUUUUUUUCUGCUGUAGACAGAUGGCCUUGUGCAAAAUUACCCUUCUGGAUGAGUGUGUAAAGGGACAUACUUUCAUAUAAAAAAAAAUGAAAUUGGUCCAGGAUAUGCCCUUUAACCUAACCUGCAUGUCUUUGGACUGUGGGAGAAACCGGAGCAAACCUGCACAGAACAUGCAAACUUCACAGAGAAAGGCCCCCAUUAGCCAAUGGGCUUGAACCCAGAACCUUCUUGCUGUGAGGCAACAGUGCUAACCACUACACCACUGUGCUGCCUGAACCACAUAGUGUUGAACUGAAUCACACUCAAACUCUGUUUGACUGAACCAGGCUCUGCUAAACUGAAUUACUCUUUGGUGAACUGAUUCACAUUCUGAAUGAAUGAAUCAGACUCUAAAUGAAUUGCAUUCUGCUGUACUGAAAUGCGCUCGGAGAACGGAAUAACACUGCACUGAACUGAGUUACAUUCCGCUAACCAAAUUCAGAUAAACUGAAUUGCACUCUGCUAUACCAAAUCACAUUCAGCUGAAUUGAAUCACACUUUGCUGAACAGAAACUAAACAUUCCACUAAACAGACUUUGUUCAACUGAAUCAAAGACUGCCGACCUGAAUUGUACUCAAAUGAACUGAAGCACUCGACGCUAAACUGAAUCUUACACUGUUCCACUGAAUCACACUCCAUUAAACAGACUCUGUUCAAGUGAAGCAGUCUACUGAACUAAAUUUUACUCAAAUGAACUGAAUCACACACUGAUGAACUGAAUCACACUCAACUGAACUGAAUCACACUGCUGGACAGACAACACUGAACUGAAUUAGACUGAGCCAUCUGAACUACCGUGUCAGCACCUGCUUUUCCUCUGCUGUGGUAUUGCAAGUUUGAUAAAUCUCAGACUUUUGUAGCAGUUCUGCAGUUCUUUCUCUCUCUCUCUCUCUGUGCGUGUGUGUGUGUGUGUGAAACAGACUAUUAUAUUAUUUUGCAAAAAUGGUAUUCUUGUUUUAAGCAGCUUUCUCAUGUGUAGUACAGUCUUUCCAGAAGCUAGUGAAUGUAUUAUUUCGUAAAAUAAAAUAGUUGUACAAGCUGGGCUGAGAGUCAUAUGCAUGAGUACCGGUUGUGUGUAGCAUAACGUCCAUCCAUCCAUCCAUCCAUUAUCUGUAGCCACUUAUCCUGUCCAACAGGGUCGCAGGCAAGCUGGAUCCUAUCCCAGCUGACUACGGGCGAAAGGCGGGGUACACCCUGGACAAGUCGCAAGGUCAUCGCAGGGCUGACACAUAGACACAGACAACCAUUCACACUCACAUUCACACCUACGGUCAAUUUAGAGUCACCAGUUAACCUAACCUGCAUGUCU